AUGGAGAAAGUAAAACUGAUAACAGUUCUUUUAGCUGUUCUAAUAUGCUUCGCAAUUUGUGAUGACUCAGAGAAAGGUGCGCUUUGUUUGUUUACAUUUGACGUUUAGGUUUAAAUAAGUGUGACUGACUAAAAUGGUUCUAAAUUUAUUGUUACACACUUCGAAUUUCAAUAUUUUUAAAAUUUUUGCACGUUGAAAGCCAUAGUAAAACUAUGAGGUUUUUAACCCAUUUCACUCUGCAGAUACCCAAUAUUUUACGUCCUCCAGUCCCCCAAACCCUUUAAACUUUUUUUCCUUCCAGCAAGCCCUGAUAUCUAAUACGUUUUGGCAACUACUGUUACAUUUUAUAACUUACAAUAAUAUCCUUUCUUCCAGAAAUGUCAUCCACAAACAAUCAGCCCAACUCUGUCCAAUCUACUUCGCAAGACGAUGCAAAAAAGGUCGAGACGCUCAAACAUUUGGUAGACAAUCUAGUCCCACGUGAACGACAGCCUCACAUUGGACCUCCACCUUUCGUUGGAACUUGGGACGAUAUGAACAGUAAGUGCCGUGCUAGUUCUAGAAGUUCAUAUUACUAUACUUUAAAAGUUUAAAAAAUGUAUGAACAGUAAAGCACGCAAUAAUAUAUUUCUAAAUUCUGCAACAAUCUUCAAAAUUUCAUUUUACUGGUUUAUAAAGCUUUAAAGGUAUCUAAAAUACGUCGAUUUUAUAUUACAAAGCAAGAAUAGAACCUUCUUGUUGCUUUUAUAUUCCUUUACCUUACCUGUUUAACAAAAGCGAAGUAAAGUAAGUCAAAGCAUCUAAAACAAUAUCGAGAAAAGAAUUUUUUACAAAUUUUUGGCAUUUCGUUCUAAUUUUUGACACUUCGUUUCAAUUUGUUGACAUUUCGCAAAUAAGAAAUAAAUUAUUUCCUAAAAAUUGACCGAUAUUAAUAACAUAGCCUGAUUUUAGAACCCCACAAACUCGACUACCUUGAGGACAUAAUCAAGAAGCAGAACGAAACUUCUUCAGAAGCAAAGGACAAACCUUGA